CAAUCACCCUUUUAUCUUUCGAACCUGUGCACACUCUGCCAUUUCCCCUACAGGUUCGUCUUGACUGGCUUCUCAGUAGCUAAUCACGCAUAGUCUUUCGUUCAUCAUCAUCAUCAUCAUCAUCAUCAAAUUCUCAGCUUAGUCAAGAUGGCCAUCCCAUCUACCCAAAUCGCAGCUGCCAUCCCGCCUCCAGGGCCUAACGGAUCUUUAAAUAUACAAAUUAGCAAGACUCAUCCAGUUCCCAACCCAGGCGAUGGAGAGGUCCUUGUCAAACUUGAAUUCUCCGGAGUCUGCCAUAGCGAUGUGCACAGUAUUCGAGGUGACACUCCGAUGCUGACCGAUGUCGCGGGCCAUGAGGGAGUGGGGAAAGUUGUUGCAGUUGGACCUGGCUUGGAUGAAAAACAGUGGAUUGGCCAAAGAGUGGGCAUCAGAUGGCUAUACAGCUCUUGUUUGGAGUGUGAGAUAUGCGCUAUCAACCAUACUUCAUGUCCCUAUCAGAAGAAUGCUGGAGCGAACGUACCGGGAACUUUCCAGCAAUAUCUUGUCAGCCCGGCAAUUCAUGCCACUAAGAUUCCCCCUGGGUUAUCCCCAGAUACAGCGGCCCCCCUACUAUGCGCCGGCAUCGCAAUGUACUCCUCGAUCAAAAAGGCCAACGCACGCCCAGGUGACUCAAUCGUCAUUUUGGGCGCAGGAGGAGGGUUGGGACACAUGGGAGUCCAGAUCGCUGCUAAGAAAGGACUCAAGGUCAUUGCUGUUGAUAAGGGUGAAAAAAAGAGGAAGCUAUGCCUAGACCUGGGAGCUUCAGAGUUCUUGGACUUCACUGAAGUUGACAUUGUCGAAGCUGUCAAGGCCUCUACAUCAGGUCUCGGGGCACAUGCCGUCAUUUGUACAGCCAAUGGAGAAAAGGCCUAUGAGCAAUGCAUACAGAUGUUGCGUCGCCUAGGGACGCUUGUCUGCGUUGGUAUUCCGAAUGUUCCUUUCAAGCUACCGGUUACCCCGCUAGAUAUGAUUGUCAAGGGUCUCACCAUUGUUGGAAACUCUGCUGGCAGCGCGAAAGAAAUGGAAGAACUGAUGGAAAUGGCGGUAGUGGGGGACAUCAGGGCAUGCAUUGAGGUCUUUGACCUCGCUGAUAUUCUGGACGUCUUGAAACGUCUUGAGAAUGCGGAGAUCGAGGGACGUGUUGUCUUGAAGAUCCCUGAGUAGGUCAUCACGUGUCUCUGGGACGACUUUGAUUCUCAUUCCAGGAUGUUGGAGCAUGAUAUAUUUGACCCACUCACUAGAUGAAUCACACAAGCAGAUCUUUGGUAUCAGGAUGGUGGUCCGAUUGAGUUUAUGAAAUUAGUUAUAAAAUCGCUUGGAAUCCAUCUCAAUUAAAUUC